GCUCAGCGAUGACGGAAGCCACAGUGCUAGUCGUUUCGAAAAUGAAACUGGCUUGCUUGACUUCAAGAGAGAGCGAAGAUGAAACGAAAAUAACACGGCGUACRGAUUAAAAACGCGAUAUUUUGCGUGUUUUACACCAAACCCCAGUGGAAGCAGAGGAGCCGGGCCGGUCGGACUUCAUGCGGUGGAAGUCGAGAGGAGACGUGUUUUUGCUGGAUAUGUUCAGGAACCAGAGCAGAAUGGGACGUACUAACCUCCAAUGGAUUCUGUAGCAGUGACUGCUCUGUGACACUGAACAGGUCGUCACUAUGGCACACUUCGACAUGGAGUACCAGCGUCUGGAAGCAUCCUACAGCGACUCUCCCCCGGGAGAGGAGAACCUGCUGAUGCACGUGCCCGAAGGAAGCAAAUCUCAGUGGCACCACAUAGAAAACCUGGACCUGUUUUUUCAAAGAGUCUAUAACCUGCACCAGAAGAAUGGAUUCACCUGCAUGUUGAUGGGAGAGAUCUUUGAGCUGGUUCAGCUGCUGUUUGUGGUUGGCUUCACGGUAUUCCUCGCCAACUGUGUGGAUUACGACAUACUCUUUGCCAACAAGUUUGUAAACCAUACCGAUUCGUCUAAAGUCACCUUACCGGAUGCGAUCCUCCCAGUGGAGGUCUGCAGUGCYCAUAUUCGAGACAAUGCGUUUGUAAUCUUUGUUCUGAUCAUCUCUGGGGUGUUUUGGCUACAUCGCUUUGUGAAAUUUAUCUACAACGUUUGCUGUUACUGGGAGAUCAGGUCGUUCUACAUCAACGCCCUGAAGAUGUCCAUGUCAGAGCUCCCCUACGUAACAUGGCAGGAGGUCCAGGCCAGGAUAAUAGAGAUCCAGAAGGAGCAUCAGAUUUGCAUUCACAAGAAAGAACUGACAGAGCUCGACAUUUACCACCGCAUCCUCCGCUUUAAAAACUACAUGGUUGCUAUGGUGAACAAAUCGCUCCUUCCGGUGCGAUUUCAGCUUCCUGUGCUCGGAGAUUGCGUGUUUUACACCCGGGGUCUUAAAUACAACUUUGAGCUCAUCUUUUUUUGGGGACCAGGUUCUCUGUUCGAGAAUGAGUGGAGUCUUAAAGCAGAGUAUAAGAGAGGAGGCAACAGGCUGGAGCUCGCAGACAGGCUGGCAUCUCGUAUCCUUUGGAUUGGCAUYGCUAAUCUGCUGCUGUGUCCAGUCAUCCUUGUGUGGCAGAUUCUGUAUGCCUUCUUUAGUUACACYGAGGUGAUCAAGCGAGAGCCUGGUUCUCUGGGGGCGAGGUGUUGGUCUCUCUAUGGACGAUGUUACUUACGUCAUUUUAACGAGCUGGACCAUGAGCUCAUGUCUCGCCUCAGCAAAGGCUACAAGGCUGCAUCGAAGUACAUGAACUGUUUCCUGUCACCGCUCCUGACAGUGGUCGCUAAAAAUGUAGCGUUCUUCGCUGGCUCCCUCCUGGCCGUUCUCAUUGCCCUGACAAUCUAUGACGAGGAUGUUCUCGCAGUGGAACACGUUCUCUCAUCAAUCACACUGCUUGGAGUGUGUAUCACAGUCUGCAGGUCAUUUAUUCCUGAUAAGCACAUGGUGUUCUGUCCCGAGCAGCUGUUGCAGGUCAUCUUAGCUCAUAUCCACUAUAUGCCUGACCACUGGCAGGGCAAUGCACACAGAUAUGAGACACGAGACCAGUUUUCACAGCUCUUCCAGUACAAAGCAGUGUUUAUUCUAGAGGAGCUGCUAAGUCCAGUGGUGACUCCCAUCAUCCUCAUCUUCUGUCUGAGGAGGAAGUCUCUGGAGAUCAUAGAUUUCUUCAGGAACUUCACCGUGGAGGUGGUUGGGGUUGGAGACACCUGCUCUUUCGCCCAGAUGGACAUAAGACAGCACGGACACCCUGCGUGGAUGUCAGCAGGGAAGACUGAGGCGUCCAUCUACCAACAGGCAGAGGACGGGAAGACGGAGUUAUCGCUGAUGCACUUCGCCCUCACAAACCCCCACUGGCAGCCUCCUCAGGAGACGACACACUUCAUCAGCCAGCUGAAAGAAAGAGUUCACAGAGAGGCAGCAGGGGCUGCUUCUGACAUACACCCGCUCUCCUUGUCAGAGUCUGAACCCAGGAGUCUUGUUGCAAACCUCUUGACGGGCCCCUCCACGCUGGCGCCUGUUCAUUUUGCCUGCGACAUGUCUUUGACAAAUAAUGCAGCAGCUGGUAUGAACACUGGAGCUUCUGCCCUGCGCUCUCUGUCACCAGUCAGCAGCAGUCUUAACCUGCGAGGCAGUUUGAGUGCUGCUCAGAGAGUUAGUGGUUUCACUGGCAAAGGAAUGACAGGCUCUGGGACUGAUGCUCGGACUGUGAGCUCAGGCAGCAGUGCCUGGGAGGGUCAGCUCACCAGCUUGGUCCUUUCAGAGUAUGCCUCCACUGAAAUGAGCAUCCACGCGCUAUACAUGCAUGAGCUUCACAAGCAGCAAGCCCGCGGCGAGCAGUCACGCCACACGUGGCACCGGCAGGACAGCGACGAAAGCAGCGACAGCAUCCCGGACGAAGUGAGAAGCGAACCCAGUGCUCGCUCUCGGAACUUCCCGCGCUCGCACACCUUCCCCGCCAUGGCUCCKAGUCCUAGUGCGAUUCCCACCUCGGCCUCAGCGUCAGCCACCGGCUCUGCUGCGGUAGACCAGUCGCAGAGCAGCAGUCAGCRGCACCACAGUGGGCUGGCAACAGACCUUGUCGGGUCAGGAGGAAAAGUGGUGAGGACAGCCCGCGUGCCAAUGGGUGGAUGGGCAGAGGAUGGUAAAGCAGCAUCACGACACCAUCAGCCGCUCCCAGAGGAGACUUCAGAGGAUGAGUUGCCUCCUCACGUACACAAGGUUACAUAAUCAAGCCGUGUGAAUAUGUAUCUACAYCCUAAACACAUCCACAUUUGCAUCUUCCACUGGACUGAUGUUUCUUUUUCAGAGAUAUGAAAACGGACGUGUGCUGCGGGGUUUAUCACCAUCCAUUCAAAAGCUCAAAGCGUGACAUCUGUGCAAGUUAAGACUGGUCAUUUAAAAACAGUUAGCGUAUGACUUUCAGAGCAUACUGUGGUGUUUCCUAAAACGGAUGAACGGAUUCUGCCAUCAGAAGUGGAUCUAAAAGAUCAAGUUAUUUCUUUUAGCCACUGAUAACCUCAGCUAAGAAUUUUUAUKAUGUGAAAAGAUUGUAAAGUUAGAAUAUAUGUUUUUGCUGCAGCAAAGAGAAAAAGAAAAACGUCAACAKUAUCUGGAAGUAUUGUCAGUGAAUUGCUAACAGUUUGCAUGUUAGCUAAGAAAAAUUUAAACUGAUUUCUAUUUGUUGCUUAGACUUUUACAAAUAAUGGGAAAGAAAAACUAAUUAGAUUAUUUUCAAUGCAUAAUUUCUUUCAAAGAGUGAAUACUUGCCAACAUGUCUUCAAAAGAUGCCAGUAACAGACUUUCGUUGUGGUAGUUGAAUAACUAGCAUUAAGGUGUGUUUUCUAUAAUAGGUUUGCAUUUUAACUCUURGCAAAAACCAAACGAAAAAGAUCUCUCUUAAAUUUUUAUUAGAUGACUUUUUUUAUUUGAUUUGUGUGAAACUUUGUCUUGAAUUUGGAUUUGCCCAGAGAAAUACAUGUUUAAAUGUUGAAUUGAUCAGAGCAGCAGCUGUUUCGGUCUAUAAAUAAACUCUAUGUGACAAAACACUCAACUGUAAGACCAGCAUUGUGAGACGGGUAUGUAAACUGAUUUCAAUCUGAUGUCACCUAAUUUUUUUUGCUUGCUUGUUCAUUCUUUUAAAACAAAUUUCUUAUUAAUUAAGCAGUGGUUUCAGCAUGAAACAAACUSUUUUGACUUAUGAAGAGGGGCCCAMGCGCAUGCACCGAGUUCAAACCUGAUCACCCCAUUUUUCCCCCAAUCACAGUUUGUCUGUUUACCCUCAUCAGUUAGACAGUUCUGCAAAUAAAGACUUAUGCACUUUAAUAACUUGUUUCAAAGCAUAAGAUAUCUCCUAACGUGUUUUUUUAUUUUGUAAGUUUUUGUAUACAUACAUUUUGUAAUUUAUUUCAUGUGUCAAAAGGAUGUGCCAUGAUGAAUGAAAGCUACGAGUCAAGUAUGUCAAUAUUUUGCACUGUAACAAAAAAAGUAAACAAAACAGUCAAGUUGUGGGAUGAAUAUGGAGAAAGGGAAUGAAGUGAUUUGGGAUGGUAAAUAAAGUCAUAACUGYUUGUUUUGUUGAAUAGAUGCUGUAUAAUACCACUUUGUACAAUUGUAAAUUCAUCUAUUAAAGAACCAACAAUUACUGUGUGCAGCCUGAUGAAGAACUUGAUGUUUAAUGAUGGCUGAGUGCUGUAACAAGGAAAAUAAACUGUUUCAUUUAU